AUGGAGUGUAGGGUAGUGGCACGUUCGGACGAUGACCGCUGUGAAAACCGCAGUGAGAAGGAGCUCGAGGACAUGAUGGCGGCAAAGUACGCCUUUCUGGAGCUGCUGUUCAAUCAGGAUACAAGCUCCAUUUGCACAUUUCUGGACCGAGAUGUCUCCGAGGUUGUUCCAGGGAUCCGCUGUAACAACUCGUCCAGCUUCGGGAUCACUGCCCCGAGUGCACCGAUCACCACGGGCACUACUGUCACCUUCACCAUCCAGGCCCCUUCCAGCUCCUCUCUGAGCCCUGGGUAUUUCUCAAGCUUUUUGUGUUCUUUUUUCCUGAUGUUACCAUCGCUUGGAAUUGCCACAAUCACCACCACAGCUUUCAUCUGCCCUUUGUCUACCACCACAAUGUCAGGUUGGUUCGCCAUUGCCAUUCGGCCUGUUUGUAUCUGGAAGUCCCACAGGAUCUUCGCACGCUCAUUCUCCACCACCUUUGGAGGAGUUUCCCACUUAGACCUUGGAGUUUUGGAGUCCUUGGGAAGUGUACUGGACAGUGCACCGCCCGGGGACUCCGUUAUUCUCCUGGGGGACUUCAACGCCCAUGUGGGAAAUGCCAGUGACACUUGGAGGGGGGUGAUCGGGAAGAACGGCCCCGCUGAUCUGAACCCGAGCGGUGUUCAGUUCCUGGACUUCUGUGCUAGUCACAGUUGGUCCAUCACGAACACCAUGUUCGAGCACAAGGGUGUCCACCAGUGCUCGUGGCACUCCUCAAUCCCCCCGUCACAUCCUCCGUCCCGGAGGCAGAGACUGAGGAUGUUGGAGGGGAUACUUCUAUCUCCCUGGCAGAGGUCACCAAGGUGGUUGGCAGCCUCCAUGGUGGCAAGGCGCCGGGAGUGGAUGAGAUCCGUCCUGACUAUCUAA